AUAAUAAAAGCGUCAAAUCGUCAAUAAAUUUUAAUUCCACGUUUUAGUUGUUUAUCUCUGAAUUUUGAUCAUAUUUAUAAAAAAUGCGAAAUUAUUGAGUGAUAUCAAACAUUUUUUUAACUGACCAGUUGGUUUAAAUGUUCUCAGUGCGUUAGAAAAACUAACCAAACAUGCCAAGGUCGCCGAAGGAUUCUGCAAGAUACAAUGAUGCAUGGAAUUACAGUGCGGAAAACGGUGAAAAAUGUGCACCUGGUGGAUUAAAUGAAAGAAAACAGACUCCUAUCUCGUCGAACUCUAAUGUUAUGAAUGAGAACAGUAUGUAUGUCAAUGCAAAUUACGCUAACGAUAUGUAUGCAAGCAAGCGGCCGUUUAACGUCUUAGCGGGCGAUUCUUCACAGAAUAAAGACGAAAAGUUGGGAUUUAACAACGUUCAAAAUGUUCCUCAUUGCAACCUGCAGAAUUACAGCAGUGCUACUCUCAACUGGGGCGAUGGCCAGUCACUUAAAGUGUACGUACAUUAUGAUGAGAAUGGGCAGCCGCGUUUAGUGCCCAUGUCUGGUCAAUACGAACUAUUCAACCAUAACCAAGGACUGCGCGAUAUGCCUUUACAAUCCCCGUCUUCCCCUCUUUAUGCCAUGAAUCAAGAAUACACACCCAAUAAUAAUGUCUAUGUGCCUAUAACAAUGCCAAACAACUUUUGCCCAGAUACAAAUGAAACUAAUAAUAUUCCAACAUCAAAUUACCUCCAAGAUAUAUUGGGAAAUCUUGAGCCCAAUUCCACAGGCACAUAUUCUCCAUUUGGUCAAAACUAUCCUCUUAACCACCCUGAUGCUCCUUCUUUGAACAUCCUUUCCAAUUCUGGUAUGGAACCUAAACCUGGAAUGAGAGUUGAGAAUUCUCCUAAGAGGAAUGAGAAUAGUCCUCUGGCUGAUACGAGUACUAAAAAACGUAUUGUAGCUGAAGUCAAACCUAUGCGUCCUUCUUACUCUGAUGUACUGGCUAAAAAUACCAAAAAUGUUUCUCCUACUGAGACUACACAGAAGGCGAAACCGCAUAAUGUGGAAGCCAAGCUGUCAAACAAUAAGUCUAACUCGAAGCCUGAAAAGCCCACAAUAAACAUCAAGCAUAAUGAUGAAAACAAACAUAAAAAUGAUAAGAAGUAUCAUUCAAGUACAAUUUCAUCAGGCAGUGAAUCGGGCGACAUCAAUACUGAUGAUAUCGAAAAGUCUCAAAAACCCAAUAAGAAAUCUAAAAACAAGCGCGGAAAUAUCUCCCGCAAAUGGUCUUCUUUGGAUGACAUAACUAACGAAGAAGAUGGAAACUACGAGCGUACCAACGAGAGCCAAUUUGUUUUUAUUGAAAACCAGGAGAAGCCUAAAAAGGAGAAAAAAGAUAAAGCUAAGCAAAACAAGACUGUUGUUGAAGAUGUGUUCAAAAUUGAGGAGGAAGAUCAAUCUGAGUUUGUUAUCCAAGAAAACCAGGCUGAUGGGGCUAAAGCUAAAAAGAAAAAGGAGCAUCGUAACUACCACAAGGCAAGCAAACCUGCCGUAGACAAGAAGAAGACUUCUCAAUCAAAAGUGCGCAGGAACAAGCCGGGGUACUUGGGCAUGGCUCAGAAUUAUUUGGAGCACUGGGGAGGCGCUUCUUGGAAAGCCGUGGUGUGGUUUGCGUACCUGCUGUCAGAUAUAUGCCAUAUGAGUCUACAUCUAUCAUUUGACUUAUGCACCUCUGUAUUCACACAAACCUACGUGAGUUCACAAGCAGUGUGGCGCAGCACCAAAGACUGGCUGGCCAAGAUCAAGAACAACAAAUAUUUGGUGUACAUCGACAGGAAGUUCGGUCACACUAGGUUCGCUUUCUGGAGGAAACUCAAGUGGUUUAAAACAGAAACGGAGGCAGAAUCUGGUAAUGAUUCGACAAAACUAAACGCAAACAUACCACUACCGGCCACUGGUGAGGAAGCUAUGAAACGACUCUUGGCAUGCAAAGGAAAAGAUCCUUACAGUAUUCUCGGUGUGAGCGUGACAUGCACGGACGAGGAAAUAAAGCGUUAUUAUCGCCGACAAGCGUUCCUAGUCCAUCCUGACAAGAACCAACAGCCGGGUGCCGAGGAGGCGUUCAAAAUACUGCAACAUGCAUUUGAACUUAUCGGGGAGCCGGAGCGGCGGGAAGCGUACGAGCGGCGCGCGGUGGAGUCCCGCCACGCGGAGGCGGCGUGGGGCGAGCUGAGCCAGCUGUUGGCGCAGCUGCACGACAAGAUGGAGUUUGCCGCGAACACCAUCAGAUGCACGAACUGCGGGCGGCGCCACAAGCGCGUGCUGACGGCGCGGCCGUGCUACGCGGCGCGCUACUGCGUGCAGUGCAAGAUACGGCACUCCGCCAAAGAGGGCGACAUCUGGGCGGAGUCGAGCAUGAUCGGGCUGCUGGUGAUGUACUACGCCUGCAUGGACGGCGCCGUCUACCAGAUCACGCAGUGGGCCAGCUGCCAGAAAAAGAAUUUAAAACAACUGCGGCCCGAUUGCCACGUGGUGCAGUACCGCAUCGUGCUGGGGAACAAGGCGACCGCCGACACCGAGCCCAGACCCAACACUGGUCACGAUCCGAACCUUGAAGAGUUUCUCAACAACUUAUACAGCAAAUCCGGCGCCAACAACGUCCCGACCAAACCUCCAGACUCGGGCGAUGCUAAGAAACGUCGCAAUAAAAAACCCAAAGCUUAAACAAAAAAAAAACCUUUCGCGUCCAUGUUGGCCCCAACACGCAAAUAUUUGACGUACGUUAGCCGAACGUUUGGCAAAUGUUCGAUGAUAUACAUCUAGUUAGAUACUGCAUAAAAUAUGUACUUCUAUUACACACACAUACCAAGAUUUACAUGUAUACCUAGUAGAUACCCGAAAAUAAUUUUUUAUUGCAAUAAGUACAAUCGUCUUCAAAGAUGACACCCUUUCGUAUAAAUACUUUAGAGGAGUAAUGUUUCUCUACAGGCGACAGUACGUACAUACAUUUGCCACAUUUCUGCCCCUAAUAAUAUAGAUCGCCGAUGUUGGGAUGAACCAUUCAUAAUCCCUACUGGUUUUGGCAUAUUUAAGAUUAAAAUAAAUCAUGAAUGUAUUCUUUAUUGUAGUAUUGGUCUAUCACGGGGUAAAGAAUCCUUGGACUUAAAAAUCCACACAGCACGUAAAGGAAGAAAAUUGCACGAUCUAACUAGAUGUAUGUCUAUGGUCAGUACGCUUGAACAAACUUGCACCAACUAAACGUUGUUACCUGUGGCUUGAGAACUCUUUUACGUAUGAAUUAUGAACAAAGAAAUGUACAUUAUGUUUUUACAUUAUUGUUCUGUAAUAUCCAUUACUUACAUAUGCACUCUUAGCAAGAACGCAGAAUAGGAAAAUAAAAUUAUCUUUAACCGCCUUCAAAAGAAAAUAUGGUUCUCAGUAUGUUUUGCGUAACCGAUUUUGAUGCGGUUUUCGGGAAAUUAUUUGUUACACUUCGGAAAAAGUUUUAGAGUUUUAUCUGACUUCGAAAAAGGUGAAAAUCGAUUGGAGGCCGUUCUCUAUUUUACAAAAUUUAUUUCAAUUACAAUUUUUAUUGUAUGUACCGUGAGAACCGUUAGUGUUAUAUGAAGAAUUAUACUGUAGUUACAAAACUAUUUCCUUACUGUGUGACUGAAUAACUGUCUGGGUCUAACUAACCACUGGGUCUAGAGUCUUGAAAUUUGCAAUAUAGAUUCCAAGUGUGGUCUACGAGUGCAUUAAGAGAGGAUUUCCCAAAAUUCCCGCGGGAAUAGGAAUUAAUGGGAUUUUUCGUUUGACCGGCCCGGCCGACAUCGUCUAUUAUACAUAUUUAUCAGUUGCGAAUUCAACUUUAAAAUAAAUUAAUUUAAUUACCGCAUAAUGAGAUUAUUCCAGUAUUAAACAUUAUACUAUGUAGUUAUUUAACAAGAUAAAUAUAUAAACCGAAAUAAAAAUUUAAAUAAAUGUGUAAGUUAUGAAUAAGAAAUAAUAAACUAAUACAUAAAAAGUCAAAAAAUAGAAUACCAAAAGGGUUCUCAAGUUAUUGGUACAUAAUAGCAAAAUCUGUGAAAAACCUGCCUUGCAAAUUGUAUAAAUAAAUUUAUAUCCCAUUAGAAAAUAUAAUGGUUGCCAAUUGAGGUGUGAAUUUAAUAUAUUUUCCUGAAGUCCUGUCGCUCAUUUUAUAGUUUCAGUUUAAGAGCUUUGUAAAUCUUGUUCGCAAACUAUAAUUUAUACUUGAAAGUAUUUUAAAUAAAGUAAACAAUCAUCUAGAUUAAUUAUGAAAAACCCUUUUACCAUAGUAAAAUUAAUAAUGAGCGACAAGUAAACUUAAGGCGAAUGAAAUAAUUUCACGCUUCAUACAUAUAGCAGUUCAGUAUGAGACACUCGAAGGUAAAUGAAAGGUUAAAAAAAGCUAGGUUUGCUGACGUACCUAUUAGGUUAAAAUCUUAACGAUUGGCUUUUCAGAGCCUCUCGACUAACAUUAUUAAUUUUCGUUAUACUUUUAUUAUAAUAAUGAUAAUUUUUUAUUUUUUAAGUUUGUGAUAGAUAGUCAAGUUUCGUUUUAGGGUGACGACUAAACAUGAAAAAAGAAAUGCAUCGUAUUUAAUUUUUGUAUUGAUUCCGAGUUGUUUCUAUUGAUUUUAUUUUCCGAGUCAAAUUCGCCGCUGGAUAGUAAUAGUGGAUCCAGUAGAAUUUCAACGGUGACAUAAUACCACAUACUAAAUGUACAAGCUAAAUAAAAGAUUGUUCGGAUUUCUAUAACUAAAACGGAACUGUUUAACUUACUAAAUAAACUAAACGCGUUAAUGAAACUACUAUUGAAUAGUGUUGCCAUAACAAGAAAUCAUUUUGUAUUGUGAUUAUACAUAGGUUACCUUCCUCAAAAUGAGCUCAUACCCUCAUGACCUCGAAUUUUGAAUAACCAAGAUAAGAACAACACAUUGUCGACGUUAAGUAUACAUCUAACUAUCCUAGUAGUAAAAAAUCAUAUUCACGUCAUCUUGAGAUUGAUAAUCUAUGAUUAUACCUACAGUUUCACAGCUUACUAAAUAAGUGUUUAAGCUAAUCAAAAAUCUACCAUCGUUCCCUUUACUUUUCAUUUAGGUUUAAUAUCACUCGAAUUUCAACAUUAUAAUAAGAGAUUAAAAAGUCAACCUUACCACUAAUGUGUUAAGGUACUUUUUGACAAAGCAGGUACUGCUUAUUUGGCGUAUAAAAUACUCUAUGACCAGAAACAGAAGUAGUAAUUACACUAAAAUACUGUCUAAUCACACCAAAUAGUACAAUGUUUUGCAUUCAUUAUAUUAUUAUUGAUAAUGAUCUAAUUGUUUGUAUUAAUUAUUAUUAUUAACAGUUGCAGAAAACUGUAUGCGAUAAAAUGUUAGGUUAAAAAUUUAUGAUUGAGAUUGAAAGCAAGAAAUCAUGAUCUCAAAUAGACAGCAGGUCGAUAUACUAAAGUAAAAGUCAUGAAAAAUAUCUAAAAUAUUUUUUUCAGCAACACCAUAAAAAGGGCGUUAACUACGUUUCUUUUGUUGCAUUGUGUUUACAAUUAUUGUACAUAAGUAUUUUUUGUAUAAUGUUAAAAAUAGCCAUUGCUAUAUAUUUGUUAAUGCAAGGAAGUUUAAGGCUUUGCCACAUAACGCCCGAAUCUCCAAGCUCAUUUUGAGCAAAGACGCACUCAACCAACUUACUUUAUACGUCACUUUUAAUAUAUCGACCUGCAGGGUUACUCAUUACUGUUAACAAGACUUACACUCUUAAUUUACCUCUCUCUCUCUCUCUGUUGCUUUCUGGUUAACUCCAGAUACAGAAAAGAAAUGGAAGAUAAGACGUAUGCCUUGUCAACGAUAGUGAAUAGCGCAUAGCAUAUAGCUUGAAAUCUGUGACAGCAGGAUGGAACGAUAACUAUGACGUAGGUGCGAAAAGGACAGGCUAUGAAAUGUAUGGAUUUGACAUCUGUCACAGAGAUCAUUACAUUGCAGACUCUAGAGCCAACAUCACAAUUACAAAUAGUUUUCUGCAACAACUGAUCACGUGUAGUAUUUUAACAAACAGUAUGUCUAGUCUACUUGGAUUUUAACGAUUAGCAACUGUGUUAGCCUGUAAUUUGAUUUAACAAUUUUAUAUUGACAAUUAUUACCGUGUUCGCUUGUUUUUGACGCUAGAUGCUUAAAUGUGUUUUUGUUAUUAUGUUACCCUGUAACUACGCUAUGGUCACUUUUAAUUGAAGAAAAAUUUAAAUUAAUGAAACUGCUUAAUGCGGUAUUUGCAAUCAAAGUCGAUCUUAUUAUGAGAAACUACUUAUCUAACGACACAAAGUUCUUAAGUUUCGCUCUUCAAACUGUUUGAUAUCUAAAGCUAUUAUCUUUUGAAUUUUCCAUUCUUAUAUUUUCUGUAACAACUCGCGAUUCCAAAAUCAAAACUUGAGUGUCGUUAGAUUUGUCUGUGUUAUAAAAUUACCUGCCCCAUAGCAUGGCAAGCGCGACGCCUUUUUUAUUGCGCGAAAACAUUUACGGGAGCUGGUUUAUAAUUUUUUUUCUGCUAUUGUAUUAAUUCGUUAAUUUUGUCAUUAAAACUCCAUUAAUAUUUUUUUUAUCAUGUUUGUAAAACAAAUACUGCAUGUGAUUGUAGCACUGCCUUCAGAGAUUAUUGGUUUAAAUGUUAGGCUAGUAAAGAGAUUGCUGUCUAAAGUUCACUGUGCGUAGGCCUUCGCGCUUCAUGUGUCAAUAAAGAUGUGGAAAUA